GCGCCACUAAAUCUUCGCGACGAAACGCACGUUUGUUCCCGCGAUUCUUGUGUGCCCGUCCUUUCCAUGGCCCCGUACGAAGUCACGGCUCUCGAUGUCUGGGCGCUAACGAUCACGAUUUCGGCGCAGUCGCUUCCGAUCUGGCAGCUCGGCUACUCGGCGGGCUUUGCGAGCUACUCGGUUGGCAUGGGCCUCGUCGGCCUCGCCUACAUCUGCCUCAUUUCGUGUCUCGGCGAGCUUAUGAGCGCGUUUCCGUUCGCCGGCGGCGCCUACGGCCUUGCGCGCUGCACGCUCGGCUUUAGCGUCGGCUUCCUCGUCGCGAUCUGCGAGAUCAUCGAGUACGUUGUCUACUCGGCCACGGCCAUGGUGUCGUUCACAACCAUCUUUGUGUGCAUUGCCCCCGACUCGGCCGGCUUGGAGCCACUGGUCUGGGCGCUACUCUACGCGUUCAGCCUCUUCGUGUACAUCCGCGGCGAUCGCUGGUUCUGGUACGCCAACUUCGUGCUCGCGUUGUCGUGCCUCCUUGUCACCGUCGUGUGGCUCCUCGGGUCCCUUGCGUUUCUUGACUUCGCCACGUACGCGCCACCCCCGACGCUCGUGCUUGGCGGCGCACACGGAUUUUUCCGAGCGCUGCCGUCGGCCACGGGCUUCUUCCUCGGCGUCGAGGCCGUAAGCACCGCGGCGGACGACGUACAGAGCCCCCGCGCCACGAUUCCAAAAGGCCAAGGCUACGGCAUGCUGACGCUCUUUGUGACGGGCGUGCUCUCGGGUGUCUUUUGCGGCGGCCUACCCCCCGGCAUUGCAGGCAUCCCCAGUGUCGCAGCCACCACCGACUCGGGGUUUAUGGCCAUGUUUUCCAUAAGUGAGCAAACGGCUUGCGUGUUGUCGAUUCCGGGGGCGAUCUCGACGGCGUUUGGCUUUAUUUUUGCCUUCACCAAGCUCCUCACGGCCAUCUCCAAGUCCAAGCUCAUUCCUGCGGGCUUCCACCGCCAAUACUUUAUCUACAAAACCCCCGCCGUCGCCUUGGCCACCGGCAUACUCGUUGCCUACUGCAUCUGCCUCCUCGUAUACUACGUCCCAAGCGUCAUGAACCACAUUUUUAACGUGUGCUGCCUCAGCGCCAUGACCGCAUACUCGACGCAGUGCUAUGGCUACAUCUACGUCAAGCGCCACUUCAAGCACAUCGAGCGCCGCUACAAAAGUCCGUUUGGCGUUCCUGGCGCGAUCUUCUCGAUGGCGGUCUGGAGCCUCGUCAUCCUCGGCGUGAUUGGCUUUCAGGACGACGACGGCAUCGCGCUCUGCAGCUACGUUAUCCUCGCAGGCGUCGCGUUAGUCUACUACCACGCCUACGGGAAGCACCACCAGAGCUUCUCGGACGAAGAGAAGGUGCUCUUCAUCACCCACGUCGCCAAAUUCAACGCCGGCAAGCGGUCCAAGCCGUCGACGAAAAAGUCAGCCAGCGCAGUGUCGAGCAAGCAGUCAGCCAAGACCCGGCGCUCGAUCAUCAAGGUCGAGGUGCGCACCAAGUCGAGCACAACUGGCCAAGGCUCAGCGGCGGGCAGUAGCAAGGUCGCCGUGAGUGCGGUUAGCGAAUCAGCGCCUGAAUAACUUUGCUACAAGGCCAGUACAUGGAUUUGCCUCCAUGACUGCAGUGAAAAUGA